UAAUUUUGUCUGCAUUCUUACUUAUUUCUAAGUCAAACUGAACUCAAAGUCAUUGGACAUGACAAUACAUACUGUAUCUCCAACUCAAGUCAUCAAGCAUUUUGUCAGACGGUUCUGUGACCGAUAUUUUAUGGCCUGCAUCCUAUCUCAGCCUUGCUUUCCUCACCUCUGCAAUGUCUACCACUGAACAUCAGUGCAUAUUCUGAGAGGCAUUGGUUAAUGUUUUAAACAAGAUCUGAGACUGAUCUACUCUGUAUUUUAGACAUAUGUAGCAGACAUUCUUCUUGCUGUAAAUCCAUAUCACGACAUGAGAAAUCUCUACUCCUCCGAGAUGAUGAGAAAAUAUCAUGGGAAAUCUUUGGGUGUUUUACCACCCCAUGUCUUCGCGAUAGGUAAGUUGAAAACAAACCACUAUAAAUCUAAUUUUGCAGUUACUGUAGUCUUAGAUAGACUAGCACUUGCAGGCUCGAGGGAAGAGAAAAAAUAUGGCCUGACAGUCUAAAAUUUUUUGACAGGUGAAAUAAAUUUAGCCUGCCAUUUUUAUUCAUUGAACUGCCAAAAUGGCAUAAACUCAUGUGAGUCAUAGUGUAAAAAUCAAUGUUUUUCAUGAUAUGAAUAUAUGAUUUUUACUAUUUUUAAAGGUGAUCUACAGUCCGAUCUGCGCAUGUGCACAAAUGUGCCCACUUUUUAUGAUACAAACAGUUUAACUAUGUUUUGAGUUCUUGAAAAGCCUGAUUGUCGUUUCUUGAUCAUUUAUUAUACUCUAGAAGCUUGAAAAUAUAAAUAGUUGUCGAAUAAAGCUCAAUAUUUUGGACACAAAAAUGUAAACAAAGGCUUUGUUUACAUACGGACUGUAGAUCACCUUUAAACUUGUCUAUUUUACUACUGUCAGUAACAGUGAACUUGAAAGCGUUUAUUACCGGCGUAUGAAACACCGAAUAGUGUGUGUGAAAAACGAGGCGCUAGCCGAGUUUUUACACACACUUUUGAUGUGUUUAAUACGUCGGUAAUAAACAAUUUCGAGUUUAUUAUAUUGCUUUUCAUCGUUUAUUAUAUUGCAUUGCAUCGUAUCAAGACCUGAUUAUAGUAAUGCUGUAAAUCAUUAAUAUUAAUUUUUCUCAUGUUAAAUUUUUUCAGCCGACAAGGCAUAUCGAGAUAUGCGCGCUUUGAAAGAAAGUCAAUCGAUUAUCGUCAGUGGUAACUACACUACAGCUAUACUGUUUCAACUCAGAUUAAGAUUUUAAGAAAUUUUGCAUUUCUUUAUUAUGUAUAAAUUCGUAUGACAGAGACUACAAGAUUACUAAUACUUUCGUUGUCGUUCUUAGGCGAGUCUGGCGCUGGGAAAACAGAAUCCACCAAAUUUAUUCUGAGGUAUUAAAAUUUUAUAAACCGUCUCAAUUCACAAAAUACCACAAUCUCAAAAUUUUAAAUAUUUAUUUGUCCCCCACACACUUUUUUUGCUAAGGCUUGUUCGCAUGAGCGUAACUAAUCGAGAAUAAGAGAACCUGGUUUCUAUAUGGUUGUAAAAAUAGAGUCAGGAUCUUUCUCAACGGCCAGUUUAUAAUAGUUUAUACCUGUAAACCACAUAUAAAUCAUAAGUAUUCUCUAGUUCUAAUCACUCCGCGUAUUUUCAGUUCUAAAAUAUUGUAUUUCGGCUGAUGAGAAAGAUCGUGAGCCAAUCUUUACGACCGUUACGACCAUAACGAAACCGCGCUUUAACGCAUAUAAAAUUUAAUUUGUGUUCACCCGAGAAAGGAGCCACGCAGCCCGGCUAAGCGACAUCUUGCCAUAUGAACGCCUGACCAACCAAAUCAAGAUUUUUCAGUAUACACAGGCCUUAAAAUAUCUUUUACAGGGCCGUCUGACAAAAUGUCCGGUGACAUUGAGUUUGGGUCGGACAUAUGUCCGAUGACCUUCAGUUCAGUUUUGACUCGGAAAUAAGUCUGAAUGACACAAAUGAAUAAGCGGUAAAUGUUGUAAAGAUAUUAAAUAAUUUGUUUCUUUCAUACUUAUGUCCAAGCCAAAAUUAACUUGCUUUCCAGAACAGCAGUAUUAAUAGAGCCUUCGACAACUUAAGCCCGUUUUCCACUUCACCAUUUCGCUCGCCGCCCCGCGCUCGACUACGUUAAAACAACAUUUCCAGUUCACUUUUUAUACAAUAGUACUCUGAUUUUCCAUUUAAUAUACAAGCCUCUAGUCCUGGGCUAGGGUACAUUUUGAUUUACGUCGGACAAAGCUACAGUUCGGUCUGACACCAAUACACUCAGGUCGGACAAACAAUAAACCUCAGUUUCACUUUGCAUGGUCGAACAGAAUGUCCGGUGGUUUCCUCUCUACGUCGGACAAUUUCACGAAUGAGUCGGACAAUGUCCGUGACCGACCGAUAUUUUAAGGCCUGUAUAAUACAGGGACAAUGGCCCAAAAAAUCCGUGCAUGACCCUUUAGAAGUUCACCUUCUUGUUUUUGAAUGCCUGAGUUCUAUACUGAACUCAUGGGUUCGUAAACACAAUUGAAUCGAAUUUUAUGUGUUGCAAGUUAUUUAAAAGUUUUAGGUAUCGUUUAACAUAUGAAUAUGAUCAUGUGUUGAUUAAUUUAACACAGCGCGUAAAACAGUAAAAACUCUUUGCUGAACCAUUGAGCCAGUUGAACCAUUUUUAAUCCAACCUACCGGACAAAUUUAUAAGUUGUUCCAACUUUGAAUUAGAAUUUUCAUGUACAAUUUAUGCAGUUUUAACAUACUCGUACGAUUACAAUGCAUUCUAAACCCCAGAGCUAAUGAAGUUUGGGUGUUUACAAGAAAAGGGUCGCAUUUUUUAGACACACUUAUUCGGUUUCAUCAUAUUUACUUAUUUUAUCUGAUUGUAGGUAUUUGACAGAAUCGUGGGGUGAUGGCCAACAUGGUCAUAUUGAAGAGCGAAUCGUUGAAGGUAUAACAAAGAUUCUAAAAUUUUACUCCCCUCUUCACAUUUACUGGGUUUUUUCAACAUUCUUUCAUCCAUAGGGCUUUCAUAAUCUUUUUAAAAUUAUUUGGCGUAAAAAUCUCACGGCUUGUCAACAAGAUUUGUUCACACUCAGGGCUGCAAAUAAAUAUUUGACUUGACAGGACAUUUGUCCGAUCACUUUUAAUUUUGGUCGGACAUAACUUGAAUUUGGUCAGACAAAAACCAACAUCACUAAAUUUGGUCAGACAUAUAUACAGUAUGUCACAAGAUAUAUAUAAGUCACGAGACAAGUAUGUAUAGCCAUUCCGGCGAAACGUUAAGUAAAAUGCUAGAAUGCCUCGUAAAUUUUAUUGCAAAAUGCAAAUUGAGUGAAUUUACAAUCGGAGUUUGUCACAGCAAAAAAAUGUAUAAUGUGACAAUUUUUUUGUGUGAUCGGACCAAUGUCCGAUCAAAGUUACUUUUGCUUGGACAUUUGCCAAAUUUAGUCGGACAUUGUCCGAUGUCCGACAGUAAUUUGCAGCCCUGACACUGCUUGUUCCCAGUUGUUGACAAGUCUGGAACAGGUUGUCAAGAGCCAGCCAACCUGUCGAUGAACUACUAAUAAAGCCAUUAUUAAAUUGUUCCACUUCUUAUUUAAGCCAAUCCGUUACUGGAAUCGUUUGGUAACGCAAAGACUCUCCGAAAUAUCAACAGCAGUCGUUUUGGGAAGUAUGUGGAAGUUCACUUCAACGAAAAGGUACAAGCCCAAGGCAUGUAGUGUAAUGGAGCUAUUACCUGAUAAACAAAAUUUUGAUCUAGACAAGUCUAGACAAAAAGAAAGAGCAUCACAAAAUUAGUAAUAUUCGGCAAAAUUGAUACCUUUUUCAGCAAGCGGUAUCGCACGUAAUAUAAAAUGACUGAAAAACGACAAAUUUCGCAAGGCUAAAUUAUCCACAUUUUACAACAUUUUGCUACGAAACUUCGGAAUAUUAAUAGUUUUGUGAUGUUCUUUCAAGCUGUGGUGAAAUUUUUGUCUAGACUUGUUGAGAUCAAAAUUUUGGUUAUUAUAGGUAAUAGGUCCAUUUAGGUAUUCUGGGGUCUUAGCCCUUGGGAAAAUCUAUUGACCGCUAAAUCUAUUGACCGCUAAAUCUAUUGAUCUCUUUUCCAGCCUAAAGUCGUUGGUGGUUUUAUCUCGCAUUAUCUGCUGGAGAAGUCGCGUAUCUGUAAACAAAGUCCUGGGGAGAGAAGCUACCAUGUCUUCUACAGACUGUGUUCCGGUGCUCCGUCUGCGCAAAAGACAGCCCUGGGAAUAACGAGAGCCGAAGACUUUCAUGUAAGUUUAUUUUACUUUUAUUGUAGAUUUGCAGUAUGUUACUAUUACAAAACCAUCAUCAGAAAUCAGUUCUGAACUGUUCUCCCUAUAGACGUCCUGUAAGAAUCGUCUCUUUUUGAUCAAGUGUUACUACAGGAAGAAACCUAAACUAAACUAACUUGAUUUAUACUGGAUAACUCUAUCAGUUCUAAACUGUUCUUCCUAGAGGUCCAGCAAGAAUCAUCUCUUAUUGAUCCAGUGUUACUACAGGGGGAAACCUAAACUAAACUAACUUGAUUUAUACUGGAUAACUCUAUCAGUUCUAAACUGUUCUUCCUAGAGGUCCAGUAAGGAUCAUCUCUUAUUGAUCCAGUGUUACUACAGGAGGAAACCUAAACUAAACUAACUUGAUUUAUACUGGGUAGCUCUAUCCGUUCUAAACUGUUCUUCCUAGAGGUCCAGUAAGGAUCAUCUCUUAUUGAUCCAGUAUUACUACAGGAGGAAACCUAAACUAAACUAACUUUAUUUAUACUGGAUAACUCUAUCAGUUCUAAACUGUUCUCCCUAGAGGUCCAGUAAGAAUCACAUCUUAUUGAUUCAGUGUUACUACAGGAGGAAACCUAAACUAAACUAACUUUAUUUAUACUGGAUAGCUCUAUCCGUUCUAAACUGUUCUUCCUAGAGAUCCAGUAAGGAUCAUCUCUUAUUGAUCCAGUAUUACUACAGGAGGAAACCUAAACUAAACUAACUUUAUUUAUACUACUGGAUAUCUCUAUCAGUUCUAAACUGUUCUCCACUAUUUAAUUUCAGUUUCUGAACCAAGGCUCAAUACAAGACAGAAAUUUGAACGACACUCAAGAUUACAAGCUCAUGUCAGAAUCCAUGGACAAGGUCGGCUUCUCCUCGCAAGAGAAAGAUAAUAUAUUCCGCAUUGUUGCAGCGGUGAUGCAUCUUGGGAAUAUUGCCUUUGAAGAGGAACUUGACGACAAGAAAGGUAGGGGCUUUGUUGCUUGUCAGAUACCAGCGUCCUUUGUAAUUCAGCUUAGCUCUCAGCUGCAAGUAAGGACGAUUAGCACAUCCCACUUACUUAUAAUGUACAUGCCCAUCACAAAGCUUGCGAAUCUACUGUAUAAUUAUUCUCAUACGUUAUAUAUUUUAGGCGGUUCAAAGGUCACCAGUAAGUCCGAGGGAGCAGUCAAUAUGGUCGCUAAACUACUUCAGGUUAAUGCUGCUGCACUAAAGAUGGCGAUGACCACAAGACGGAUGUCGCAAGUCAAACAGCUUGGCGCACUGGGUACCGGAGAUAUCAAGUAA